AUGGAUUCCUCCAACGUGCAGAUAUUCAAUGAAAAUAUAAGCAUCAAAAUUGAAAUGAAGACCAAAAGAGACAGAAGAGACAGAAGAGACAGAAGAGACAGAAGAGACAGAAGAGACCAAAAGAGACAGAAGAGACAGAAGAGACCAAAAGAGACAGAAGAGACCAGAAGAGACCAGAAGAGACCAAAAGAGACCAGAAGAGACAGAAGAGACCAGAAAAGACAGAGAAGACCAGAAGAGACCAGAAAAGACCAGAAGAGACCAAAAGAAACAGAAGAGACCAAAAGAGACAGAAGAGACAGAAGAGACAGAAGAGACAGAAGAGACAGAAGAGACCAAAAGAGACAUAAGGGACAAAAGAAGCAGAAGAGACCAGAAAAGAAAGAAAAGACCAAAAGAGACAAAAGAGACAGAAGAGACCAAAAGAGACCAAAAGAGACAGAAGAGACAGAAGAGGCCAGAAGAGGCCAGAAGAGGCCAGAAGAGACCAAAAGAGACAGAAGAGACAGAAGAGACAGAAGAGACCAAAAGAGACAGAAGAUACAGAAGAGACAGAAGAGACCAAAAGAGACAGAAGAGACAGAAGAGACCAGAAAAGACCAGAAGAGACCAGAAGAGACCAAAAGAGACAGAAGAGACCAAAAGAGACAGAAGAGACCUGAAGAGACAGAAGAGACAGAAGAGACAGAAGAGACCAGAGGAGACAAAAGCACUUAAGGAUCCGGCAAUUUGUUAUCGAUGAUGUAUCGGGGGAAUGCUGAAACAAUUGUUUCUGAAAAGCUAUUAAAAAAGUGUUUUCCUUGACUCAUAUCAAUGUAUUUAAGUGGUUU